CUAUCUCUUUCUUGCAUCCCACUACGUUUUAGAAUCCAAAAAGCCAGGAAUAUCCGUCAAAUAUCAUGGGCAAAAAGGUAAAAUGGAGCUGGACGUCUGCCUUCGUCGGAGCCGCAGCAGCCACUGUCGCGACGGCUGUCUUCAGGGCCAAGCCCAAGGAUCCUACAUUCCACUUAAUUUCAAUCAAACUCACCUCCUUUAAGCUCAAGCUACCAGUCGCCGACGCCGAUCUCAUCCUCACCAUACACGUCACCAAUCCCAACAUCACUCCCAUCAACUACUCUUCUACUACCAUGUCCAUCUUCUACGAAGGCUCACUCCUCGGCUCGGGUCCUGUGAAGGCCGGGUCGCAGCCAGCUCGGUCCUGCCAGCUGCUCCAAAUCCCGGCUCGGCUGGACGGGCUUGAGCUCACACAUCACGCCGCUAAGUUUUUCGGUGACGUGGCGAAGAGAGAGAUGGUGCUUGAUGCUAAGGUGGAUAUUGCGGGUAUGGCGAAGGUGUUGUGGUGGGAUCAUAAGUUUAAGGUACACGUGGACAGUCAUGUGACGGUAGAUCCAGUAUUUCUUGACAUAAUCGAUCAAGAAAAUAAAUCCCAAUUAGAGCUUUUCCUUGGUUGAGAAUUGUAUUGCAUUAAAAUUGUAUGUUGGAUUAGGGCUUGUUUAAUGGGUAAUUGAAACUUUAAUCCAAGGAAUUAAAUUAAAUUUGUGGGAA